UGUAGUUUUCCGUCUCCUAAAAGCAAUUGGACGCCGUAACACAACUAAUUCAAGAGAAAAUAUUGCCUCCAUCUUUAUUCCUCUCCAUCAAUUUCUGCAUACACCUUCAGUUCCAAAUUGUAUCUUUAAAUUAUAUUUAGUGCCCUGCUUCUGCUUGAGGUCUCUCGAAAAAAACCUCUCUAGUGGUUUCGCUUGCGGAUGACUAACCCCGAAAAUAAUGUUCACACUAAUACGAAAGCCUAUGUCCAGAUUUUGGGGACAGGAAUGGAUACCCAAGAAACAUCCCCAUCUGUUCUGCUCUGCUUUGACAAAGAAAGAUUCAUAUUUAACGCUGGAGAGGGAUUACAACGCUUCUGCAUGGAGUAUAAGAUAAAAUUAUCUCAGGUAGACCACAUAUGUCUCACUCGUGUAUGCUCAGAGACAGCAGGUGGACUUCCAGUCUCAGGAUUGCUAUUGACUUUGGCUGGCAUGAAAGAUGAAAGUCCUCAAAGUGCUGGGAAAGUCCAGAUAUGGGGUCCUCCAAAUCUAAAUUUAUUGGUUAAUGCAAUGAAGACUUUUGUCCCUCAUGCUGUUAUGAAGAAUAAAAAUUGCAUCCCGCAAAGUGGAUCUGCAUUAGUUCCCCCAUUACAUGCGGAGGAGUUGAGAGCUGAUGGCAAGUUCAAGGCAGUUAGUAUAUCAGCUAUUCUCCUAUCACCGACUCACUUUGCUGGAUCACAUUUUAGUCCAAAUGAUACCUCCAUUGUAUAUAUUUGUAAACUACAUGACAUCACGGGGAAAGUUGACAAAGAUAAGGCUAAAGCUUGCGGACUCAAUCCAGGGAGAAAGCUUGGACAACUGCAGAAGGGGUUCAGUGUGAAGUCAGAUUUUCUGGAUAUCGAGGUCCAUCCAGAUGAUGUUAUAGGUCCAACUAUUCCUGGUCCGAUUGUACUGAUUGUUGACUGUCCAACAGAACCUCAUGCACAAGAGUUACUCUCUGCACAAGCUCUUGAAGCCUAUUACUCUGAUUCCCAAAGCAACUCCCCAGAUACCACCAAGGUUGUGAACUGCAUCAUUCAUCUGGGCCCUGCUACUGUCAUCAACAGUCCUGUUUAUGAGAAAUGGAUGGGGAAAUUUGAUUCUGCCCAACAUAUUAUGGCAAGAACUCCAAGGAAGCAUGAAACAACUCCAAUUCUAGUAUCUAGUGCUAAAAUAGGUACAAGACUGCAUUAUUUGUGUCCUCAGCUUUUUCCAGCUCCUAGUCUUCCUUCUGUUGGUGACGAUGUUGGAACACCUCAUAUAAAGGGUUCAGCUUGUGGCAUAUUUGCUGAAAAUCUCUUAAAGUUCACCUUACGUCCUCCUAGAGAUAUGGGAUUGGACAGAUCAAGUGUUGAAAAUCCGACGACCUCCUCAGUUUUCAUUGAAGAGUUACUUUCAGAGAUUCCCGAGAUUGCUGAUGCAGCUAAGAACAUAAGCAAAUUUUGGCACAAACCUAAAGAUGAGGUGGAAUUAUCCAACAGGCAGGACAGUGGUGAUGUCGUGACUGAAGAACCUUCAAAAUUCUCUGCCCCUAGGUGUCUCGAGAAUGUACAGAGAGAUGAUCUGGAGAUUGUUUUUCUUGGCACCGGUUCUUCUGUACCUUCAAAAUAUCGAAAUGUCAGUUCCAUCCAUGUUAAUCUUUUCUCUAAAGGGGGUUUACUCCUUGAUUGUGGAGAAGGAACCCUGGCACAACUCAAGAGGAGAUAUGGCAUUAUUGGUGCAGACAGUGCAGUUAGAAAUCUUAAAUGCAUUUGGAUUUCCCAUAUCCAUGCUGAUCACCACGCAGGUGUGGCACGGAUACUUGCUUUACGACGUGAUUUGUUGAAGGGAGUAGCCCAUGAUCGCAUACUGGUUAUUGGGCCAAAACAGGUUGGGGAGUUUCUCAUGGAAUAUAUAAAAUUAGAAGAUCUAGACAUGUUGUUUCUCGACUGUAAGAGCACUACGGUGGCUGCAUGGGAUAAUAUGGAGGCCGACUCUAUGUAUGUUGAAAGUAGAGAUCAUACUCUGUUGACUUCUCUUUCUGAAGACAGUCCUCUGCAGCACUGUUCGAAAAAAAUGAAGCUAAGCACUCCAGUUGAUGACAUAACAUUGCUAAAGUGUUUCAGGAAAGUUCUCAGUGAAGCAGGUCUAGUGAGACUCAUCAGCUUCCCUGUCGUACACUGUCCAGACACUGAGGCGUUUGGUGUUAUCUUGGAAUCAGCAGAAAGAAUGAAUCACGACAAAGUAGUACCGGGUUGGAAGGUUGUGUAUUCUGGUGACACGAGGCCAUGCUCGCAAGUUAUAGAAGCAUCUCUUGGUGCAACUAUACUUAUACAUGAGGCAACAUUUGAGGAUGGCCUGGUGGAGGAGGCUAUAGCAAGAAAUCACAGCACAAUCAAAGAAGCUAUAGAAGUGGGAGAUUCUGCUGGUGCAUACCGCGUAAUAUUAACACACUUCAGCCAAAGAUACCCCAAAGUACCUGCACUUGAUGAAGUGAGUAUGCAAACAACUUGUAUUGCUUUUGAUCUAAUGAGUGUAAACCUAGCAGAUUUGCCAGUGCUACCUAAGGUUCUUCCCUACCUCAAAUUGCUCUUCAGAAACAGUGGAUAAUUUAUAUUUUGAAGUACAGUUAGACCUCUGUAUAGCAGUCAUCCUCUAUAACAAUAUUUCGCUAUAACUGCCUAGUUUUCUUUGGAACCGACUUUCAUAAUAUUGUUAUAUUAUAUGACGUUGCUGUUAUAAAGAGUCUUGAGUACACAA